CAUGGGAGUGGCGAGAAGUAGAAUCCUAUGGCCUGAAUCCAGAAUCAGGGCUCAGCCCUGAAGCCAGACCUCUGACCUCUCUGUACCCAAAUUGCUGACAGACUUUGGUGCCUCUCUUGUCUGGGUCCUAGAGACCCACCAGGUCGGCUCCACAGCAGGCCAGGCUCCGCUCCGAACUCCGCGUGGUGCUCCCGGAAGUUUUCAGCUCCCCAUGGCUGCGACGCUGAGCCUGGAGCCUGCCGGCCGCAGCUGCUGGGACGAGCCGCUGAGCAUCACGGUGCGCGGCCUGGCCCCCGAGCAGCCCGUCACGCUGCGCGCCGUCCUGCGCGACGAGAAGGGCGCGCUCUUCCGAGCCCACGCGCGCUACCGCGCCGACUCCCACGGAAUGCUGGACCUGGCGCGCGCUCCCGCGCUGGGCGGCAGCUUCGCGGGGCUCGAGCCCAUGGGGCUGAUCUGGGCCAUGGAGCCCGAACGGCCUUUCUGGCGUCUGAUGAAGCGCGACGUGCAGACGCCCUUCGUGGUGGAGCUGGAGGUGCUGGACGGACACGAGCCCGACGGCGGGCGGCUGCUGGCCCGGGCGGUGCACGAGCGUCACUUCAUGGCUCCCGGGGUGCGGCGCGUGCCCGUGCGCGAGGGCCGGGUGCGCGCCACACUCUUUCUGCCUCCAGGACAAGGACCCUUUCCAGGGAUCAUCGAUGUCUAUGGUGUUGGAGGGGGCCUAUUGGAAUACCGAGCCAGCCUUCUGGCUGGUCAUGGCUUUGCCACAUUGGCUCUGGCUUUUUAUGGCUUUGAAGAUCUCCCUAAAGAGUUCAAUGUCAUAGAAGUGGACUACUUUGAAGAAGCAGUGUGCUACAUGCUCCAACACCCGAAGGUAAAAGGCCCAGACAUUGGACUUCUGGGUCUUUCUCUAGGAGCUGAUGUUUGCCUGAUCAUGGCUUCCUUCUUGAAGAAUGUUUCAGCGACAGUUUCCAUCAAUGGCUCUGCAUUCAGCGGAAACAGACACAUACACUACAAGCAGACCAUGAUUCCACCAUUGGGCCAUGACCUGAGGAGAACGAAGGUGGCUUUCUCAGGCAUUCUGGACAUUGUGGAUAUACGGAAUGACGCUGUAGGAGGCUGUGAGAACCCCAGCAUGAUACCAAUAGAGAAGGCCAAGGGGCCCAUCCUCUUUGUUGCUGGUCAGGAUGACCAUUGCUGGAGGAGCGAGUUAUACACUCAGAUAGCCUCGGAACGGUUACAGGCUCACGGAAAGGAGAGGCCUCAGAUAAUCUCUUACCCUGGGACUGGGCAUUACAUCGAACCACCUUACUUCCCCAUGUGCCCAGCUUCCCUGCACAAAAUAGUGAACAAAGCUGUGGUCUGGGGAGGGGAGGUCAGGGCUCACUCAAAAGCCCAGAUAGAUGCAUGGAAGCAAAUUCUAUCCUUCUUUGGCAAACACCUGGACAGCACUCACAACAGAGCCUCCUGCAGAUUGUAGUGUGUUUGCCUGUUACAGACAUGGCAGAUUCAAGGUCAAAUUUUAUGUCCAGUGACUAUGUGAAUCAGUUUUCUGCUGGAUGACAUGAAAUUCACGUUCGGGGCAUUAAUGGUUAUUAAUCGAUGGUUACCCUGCUAUCAACAUGUGCUUGCCACAGAUUCAGCUAUAUGAGAUACCAUGAGUAAAGUUUAAAAAACAGCGACCCCUGUUAAAACGUCUGAUUUCUUCUAAGCUCAGCAUUUCAGUGGUAGUUGCAGCUGUUUUGUUCCAUUUAUUAUUGUUUUGUUUUUUUUUUCUUUUGGGGACAGGACCUCAGCUCUGGCUGGCCUGGAACUUGCCAUGUCAAGGAAGCUGGCCUUGAACUCACAGAGACUGUCCCGCUUUUGCCUCCUGAGUGCCAGGAUUAAAGGCUCCCACCACCAUGCAUGCAUUCAUUUUCCUACUUAGUCAGUGCUUUGACUCAUGGCUCACCUUUAAAGACAGUGACUGGGCUGGCUCGUUUCACGUCAACGCUACUGACACAAGCUGGCGUCAUCUAAAAGGAGGAAGCCUGGUGUGUGUGCACAUCCACCUGAAUAUACAUGGUGUACCUUUCACACGCAGGCACCCACGCACACACGCACCCACAUGUGUACACACACAUGCACACAUUUGCACAACACACACACGCACACCAAGACAACAAGGAAAAAAUGACAAUUUUGCAAUCUCAAUGGGGUAGAUAGAGCCUUUAAAUAAUUUUCCAAAUAAUAUUUCUGAAAAUGCUUCUCACCUGUGUUGAUUAAAACAGCAAAGAAACAAAAAUCUGUGACUUUCUAUUCGAGA